AUGGAUGAGACGCUGAUCCAAGACGGCCCCGGCCCGGAACAGAGACCGCCGCCGACCAAACCCAGACGCGGUGACGGCAUCGGCGUCGGCCCACGCACCUCCACAGCUUGCCUCAUGUGCCGUGACAAGAAAGUCAAGUGCUCCGGCACGCGACCUUGCGUCUACUGCGUCAAACGUGGCCUGGACUGUGUUUUUACGCGGCCGUCUCGGCGGAGACUUUACUCGGUCACCCACAUACGCAACCUGGAAGAGAGAGUGGCGCAAUACGAGAAUCGUGACGAUAUAAGCCGAGCAGGCUCCGGCCAGCCUGCCCCUGCACACAGCUUGCCAUCUCCUGCAGUUGUUCAGAGACCGCCUUCAUUGUCCGGAAGCCAGGUAGAAGGUAAUGCUUCACGCGACGGCCAAGAUACGCAGCAGCAACAGCAACAACAACAGCCGUCGCUAGCUCCUCGAUCUCCACAUCAUGAGGGUCUCGAACCCGCAGCGACCUUGAGCCCAAGGCCAAACCCAGGACCGAGAGCUCUUGCGCCUGGAACCUCUCUCUCUUCGAGCGACACAUUUAGCUCUGAGCUAAGAACCCUCUUGACGGAACGAUCGCGGCCAGACCCAGGUCCGGUCUCUGCUCGGCCCGCUGAUGCUACGCCACGGUCCAUCUGCCAGAGCCGGCUAGGUGUGGACAAGAUCAAGUACUGGCCUACGGAAGACGACGCACAUAGCAUGCUGAACAUUGUUGUCCUGAACGUGGGUAUAUCACAGCACCUCUUCGACGUCAGAACAUUCUCGGAUAAUCUAUUCUCCCUCUUCAACGAUGGUGCCUUUGACACUGGAGUGACCGAGCUAUGGUAUGCUGAGUGUCUCCUGGUCUUUGCAAUCGGGAGGCUUCUCCAAGCCAAGUGGGAUGACAUGUCCAAACCCCCGGGCGAUGAGUUUUUUCACGAGGCGCUCAAGCGCAUGCCCGAUCUGAGCAGCCUGCGAAAGCAAGGAGUCUUGGGUAUCGAACUGAUGGGACUGUCGGCCCUCUACCUGCAAAUCGCAGACCGAAAAGACGACGCUUAUCUCUACGCGAGCACAGCCCUCCGUCUAUCGUUGGGUCUCUCUCUCCACAAGUCUGGAUCCUAUCGAAGUCAUAGGCGUUCGGAAGCUGUGCAUCGAAACCGGCUCUGGUGGUCGAUCUACAUGCAGGAAAGCAGAAGACUUGCAGCUGCUGUAGGCUUCCCCAUGUCCAUUUUAGACGGGGAAAUCACUGCCGCCCAGCCCACGGACCAGAUCGGAUACCAAUCUGCCGCUGCCAUCGCUGUUAACGCAAAGCUGGCUCAGAUCACUGGCCGCAUCACCACCACCAUCUACUCUCAAAGCAAUGAAGAGGAGGCCGCUUUCAUCAAGGAAGUACAGGACAUCCUACAGUCGCUCCGCAAGAUCGAAAAUGAGAUGCCAGCUGAAAUUUCAGGCGGAUCAAAUCCUGCCGAGCUCAUACUUAACGAGGCACCGUUGUCCAGCUCACAAUUGUCCUCGGCAAGGACAACUGCAUCCCUUCAUUUGACGGUUAAUCAGAAUAUCAUAUACGCAGUGCGGCCGAUCCUCUUGUAUAUGGCUCGUAACAGCUUCAGCGGAGGAAACGACUUGUACACAUCCAUGAGUCCCGCUCUUCGCCGCCUUGCAGAUACAUGCGUCGAAGCAGCCCGCAAGAGCUUGGUCAUUCUUCAUGGUCUAUGUAAACAAGACAUUAUUGCCAAGCACGCUUUCCUUGAUCUCGACUGUCUUUUCUCCACCGGCUUCAUUUUCGUUCUCGCGGUCAUAAUCAACUCCGACAAAGCCCAGGCGUAUCAAGGCAUUGAGAGUGUCCGGAGCAUCCUGACGCAUCUCUCCAACCUGGGCAAUCGAGCCGCUACGAAGCGUCUGGCCGAGAUCGAUCAGAUGUGCGCCAGCCUAACUCUUGAGACAGAGACGCCGGAUGUCGAAGCGGCGCAACCACAAAUGCUUAUGCAACCAUUUUCCUUUCAGGCAUCGGGAGCAGCGCCCAUCACAUCGGGUGAGCCACAAGACCAGGGUUUGACCAGUGAGAAUGCCGUUGGAGAACAAGAUACUGUGAUGGCUGGUGCACAAGACCUUGGCGACAUUGUGCUCGAGGGCGAAGACGACUUGUACUGGAUUUAUCACAAUCCAUCACUCUCACUUACGGGUGUAGAACAACUAGAUUGGGAGACUUUGGAAAAUCACAUGGUGUAA